GACAUUGAGCCUGCAUGCUCUUCAGAUAAGAGUUGCAGAUCACCGUCUUUCUCUGCUCCAAACACAUACAUUUUUAGAAGUUUAAGCCAGUGGACAAAUCAGCCAUUAGUUCUAUACCUUGUCUGGUAGGACCUAUCAGUGGAUAAAAUAAUAAUGGAUUUACACGAUGAAGCAAGGAUGGCCCAAAAUAACGCAUCAACAUCUAGUCAGCAUCAUCAUGAUCAUGGUCGUUACUACUCCGCAAGUGUUCCCACCAGCACCGGUCGUCUUAAAUCGUAUCCCGUCCGGGUGCCCACGAACUCGCCCCAUGAUACCACCAGUACAUCUCCUCCAGGAUCCCCCGUAGCUCCCUCGACGUCGUACAUGGUGUCACCAAGGCGGUCGUUGUCCAUCAGUGUCGGCGAUUCCGGUGCACAUCGGUUUCGUAACGACUCGGGCACCUCCCAAGCCCUUUACCGGACCCCUCCCUUGGUAAUACGAUCUCGCCGGAGCUCAUUCAGCACUACCAACCUCACCCUGCACCCACCCAGUUCCCGCCACAAGGGUGUGGCACCACCACCCAAAAGGACGUUAUGGCAGCUGACACGCAACAGCAGCAUCCAGUUCGGAUUAGAGGUCUGUUACGCGACCGAAACGGCCAUGGUCACGCCCAUCUUGCUCCAGCUUGGUCUUCCAACCAAACUUUAUGGGAUCGCCUUUUUCUUGGCACCCAUAUUUGGGUUCUUGAUGAACCCUUUUAUAGGAACUACCAGUGACAGAUGCAUGUGCUCUUGGGGAAGAAGGAGACCGUUCAUCUUAGCUCUUGGUAUCGGAACGUUACUGGGCGUAUCACUCUACCUUAAUGGAGGAGAUAUAGGUGCCUUGAUUGGAAACAAGAAAUCAGAAGAUAAUCUCUGGGGUAUCGUGAUAACGUUGAUCGGAGUGAUCAUUCUGGACAUCAGUGCUGAUUCAUCUGAUGGACCUUCCAGGGCUUACCUCAUCGAUGUCUGUGACCUCGAAGAUGUCAACACUGGUCUCAACCUCAGAGCCGUACUCGGUGGUAUCGGUGGCGGCCUGGGUUACAUAGCCAACGGCAUCGACUGGACGUCGACGUCGCUAGCGAAGGCACUAGGAGGGCAGCUUCGCGUCGUCUUUCUCUUCAACGUCAUCAUCUACUCCAUCUGUCUCAUACUGAACUUGACCAGCAUUCCCGAAACGCCCCUGGAGAAGUCAUCCAAGGACGCGAAUGCCGACAAGAUGACGGUGACGAAUGACGAGAAUGAGAACGAUGGCGACGUUGCUGGUGAUACUUCGCCGCUCAUAGCCGGUCGUUCGAGCAGGAGCUCGUAUCAUUCGGAGUCGAGAACCGGACGUUUUCAUCGUACCAGUUCGGAGGAUGAUGGUUCGUAUUCGCCGUUGAAGGACGGGUCAGGAAGGCACGGAGGAUUGGGAGUACGACCUCCCGAUGACCAUUAUCAUCAUCCCUCUGCACUCCCCCAGAUAGGAGAGGAUGAGAGCAUGGAGGACAAUGAUGAAGAGCCGGCCUCGGUCCUUGCUCUUUUGAAGUCGAUUUUACACAUGCCCACUGAGCUCCGCUGUCUUUGUCUUAACCAUUAUUUCGGAUGGGCUGGCAUGGUGACCGUCCUACUCUUCUUCACAGAUUUCGUCGGCCAGGCGGUGUAUAAUGGUGAUCCUACUGCCCCCGAAGACUCUCGUGCAUACAACUCAUACCACGAAGGCGUCAAGAUGGGAUGCUGGGGAAUGGCCGUGUUUGCCUUUUCAUCGUCUUUAUCGGCAAUAUUCUUCAUGAAGGUGGACCAUAUACUCAGCAAUCGUACUCUGUACGUCUUUGGUCAGCUUUGUUUUGCCGUCUGUGCUGGACUCAUGGCGGUCUUGGUCCGAUACGAGUAUGCUGUCCUUGCGUUCUGUUUCGGGUUUGGCGUCCAGUUCACCACUCUCAUGACGAUCCCUUUCAACAUCCUAGCAGAGUUUCACGAUUGCGAUUCGUAUAAGAAUCCCAAGGGAGGAGUAAAACGAGGUCUAGGCACCGAUGUCGCGUGUCUAUGUUGUCAGCUCUUCCUAGCUCAGAUCACUGUAUCGGCCAUCAUGGGGCCUUUGGUAAGUGCUGUUGGGUCUCACGUCACUGUAGUCAUCUUCGCUUCCAUCAUGGGAUUCAUCGCUUCGCUGUUGUCGGCGUUACUUGUUAUUUACAAGCCUCUACCACCAAAAGUGAAAGAAAACACAUCAGUUCAAGAACGGUGCUGACAAGUCUCGGAAUCCUAAAAAAAAAAUCCACUGUAUUCUGCAGUUAUUUCUCGUAAAUAAACGAAAAAUAUCAGUAUUAAAAUAGAUUGUAUGCAUAUUAAUGAUAUUUGGAUCUAAGCAGAUCCCUAAUUAUACAUGAUUAUAUCUUGAAAAUAAAAGUAUUGUUUUACAAGAUUAAUCAGACAAUGUGUACCUGUACCGCAUUACUAUUUAUCAUAAUGAUGAUGAAAUCACGAGCAAUAAUGACCAUGAUGAUAAGAGUAAUAAUGGUAGGACGACGAGUAAGGUAAUUAUAUAAUUGCAACAAUAUAUAGAAUAUCUGAACUCUUUUGUAGACUUGGAAAUUACCCCUCAUUGAAAUUCAAUGUAUACUAAAUAUAUAAUUUGAGUCUCUGAGCUAGUUCUAUGUUAUGAUAUCAUUAUAAUGAAUUAAGAAAAAUUCAAUACCAUGCACUUGUUGGCCUGUUGGGAAUAGAACAAGACUCCAAAACUUUUGUCAAGGAUUUCAAUAUAAAUCGUAACAUUAAAUAACGGUUUAUUUGUUUUAAAAAAUGAAAACAGAAAAUAUGAGAUUUUUUCCCAUUAAAAUAAAAGGUGUUAACACCAUGUCCCAUACCAUGUGUUUUCUAUAAAAUUAGAAUUGGAAAAAUUUCCCCUCAAAUCAAUUCAUUAAUGUUAACAAGAUUUUUGUUUGUAGUAUCAUUCAUUGAUAGUUAUUAUUUUCCUCAAGUUUUGUAUACUUUAUAUUACUUUCUUGCGAUGAUUUACCUGUCAAGACUACAAUUAUGGUCAUUGAUGGUAAUGUGUUACAAUUAUUAUAUUAGUAUAUUAAUAAGAUAUUGUCAUUGUAUAACUAAUAUAUAUUAUCAUUGUAUAUUAUAUAUAAUAAUGUCAUAGUAUUCAUCAUCAUUCUUAUCUGACCUCAAAUAAAUCAAGCACCAUUGCGUCA